AUGCCUGCUGCAGGACGUAACAUGAAAUCUGUUGACUGCCAUAUCUGCCACAAGACCAUAAGCCGCAAGGCAGAUCUUCCUAGACACAUGCGUACGCACGAUGAAAACAAGGAGGCUCUUAUGCACGCAUGUCCAUUCCCUGACUGCAAUUUCAAGACCCUCCAAAAGUCCAACGUGCAGACGCACAUCAGGACCCACACCCGUGAACGCUCGAAGACGUGCCCCCAUCCUGGGUGCACGUUUGCCACUACCGAUCCAGCAAGCUUGACGCGUCACCGCAAGCACCUACACAACUACGAGCCCAAGGCGCGUUGCAACCUCGGGGGCAAAUUUGCUCGACGGUCCUCCGCCGCACCUUACCCAUCUACUAGGUUUAUGAAGCCUGAGGAAGAUAUUCCUGCAUCGCUGGAUCUGAAUGACCUCACAUUUCCCGAGCUCGCAGGCCUCAUUCCCUGCGAUGCGCUCUCACCCGCUGAGUCCAGCAACUCCGGCAUCCCUCAGUUCUCGAGCGAGUUCACCGAACUCUCCUGGGAGCGACUCUUCCCCAAUUUCCCUGCCGAGAGCUCCACCUCUGUUUACGAACAGCCCUCUCAGUUCCCCACCCCCACCUUCAACCACUUCCAGCCAUCAACUGUCCCUGUCGAUCUCUCCGCCUCCCACAUGCCGCAGUUCGACCCGAAGCUGGAUCCCGAUGUCAACUCUCAGCAGUCCAUUCCCGCCUUCGACGUGGACUUUCAAUACCAGCCUGUCUCUGGGAACGAUCUGAACUCCGCAUCAGCUGGACUAGACGAGUUUUUACAGACAUAUGGCUCGGGCCCACGUUUGCUAUGA